UGAUAAUAUCUUAAAAAGGAUUGAAAAUAGAUAUAUUAUAAAUGUCGAAUUUAAAUAAGACCUCCAAAUCUAAUUGCUUUAAAAAGAAACAUGCGAGUCUUAGUAAGAAAAAAGUGCUGAGCAUGUUUGUGGCAAUGGAUCAGAGAGCAGCACAAGAUGCAGAGGAAUUUUUUACUUCGGGAAGAACUGGUCGUAGAAAUGCCAUGGCUGAUAUAUUAGGUAUUCAUGCAACAACAACUACUGCUGAUAUGCCUGAAAGACUGCAAGCUUUAACAACCAAAAGUACAUCAGAGACAAGUGAAGAUAAUGUCUCUAUGGAAACAAAUACUUCAUCUAGUCAAAUUGCAGCAAACUCUGCAACUACAUUAGGAUCCAACCAACAAAAUGUUUCAGACGAAACAAUGUUAAAAGAAACUGCUUCAGAUUCGAAAGAUACGUCUGGAAAUAUAUUAACAAAAAAUUGA